UGUGUGUUGUUGUUGAAGCAAUGAUGGCGGCGGCGGGAUGCGGAUCAGCAACCGCGGCUGCCGUGGGAGGACAAGGCGGGACCGCCGCGGCCAGAGGUCGUUUCCCCGGUCGGCCUUGGUCAUCGCGCAGUCGUUUGCGCUCCGAGAAGCGAUGGCAGCUCGGCCGCUCGGGCUCCGAGGCUGAAGAGGCGAGCAGCGCAGGGCCGAGGCCCGCCAACCCGGCGGUGGCGCUGGGAGAAGACCAGUCCCACCUGCGCCUGCUCGGCAUGGAGGCGAGCCACCAGAGCCUCGGCCAGGCCGGCUACAGCUCGAGUGGGAGUGAAGAGGUGAGCUCCCAAACCGAGCCAGGAGGUGACGACUUCAAAGGAUUUGAGGCUGAGAAAAAAAGCUCCAGAAGACCUGUAACGUCUCAGCAAAAUUCUUCCAAUGGUAAACAAAAAGGUGAGGCUGCCAACACAAAAUCUAAACGACAGAGUGAGAAGCUACCACUUAAAACGCCUGCAGUGGAGGCAGCUGCCCCUCUUGUCCCUGUAAAGGAGGAACAAUCUUUGGAAGAAAUGCAUGGCACAUCUGUUGAAGCAAAAGCAGGCAAGGAUUUUACGAAAAGCUUGAAAGGAAAAAACAUGGAUCAGAAGUCCACGAAAAGCAGAGUGUCCACUGCAGGACCGAGAAUUACUAUAAAGUUAGUGACCAAGAAGAAAGUGAAAACUGUAAAAGAACCUCAGAAAAAACCUGUGAAGAAGUUGAAGAUUAAAGAAAUUCAGGAUCAGCCUACUGCCAAGGACAUUCAGGGUGACCAGAUUGCAAGCGCUCACGUCAAAUUAAAAACUGAACCACAAGAGGAGAAACAUGGCACAGAGGAUAAAGGAGCUGGGACUGUACCUGCAAGAAGACGUGGGAGGUCUGCGAUAAAGGCAGCAGAGCCUAUAGGACAGGCUACUGCCAAAGUUGUGGUUGAUGACCAAAAAUCAAAAAAGAAAGAAGCGAAUGGCACCGUAAAGGACUGUGAGUCUUCAGAGCCAAAACUGACUGCAAAUAAAUUAAAGAAAAAGAAGUUGGUGGAAGGUCAGAGCUCCACAGCUAAACGUGUGACUCGGAGUAAAAGAGUUCCUGACCCACUGUCUAAAAGUGUCCCAGACAGUGCAGCUGAGUCCGAAACCCAGGAGAAAACCGCUGCCGUUCUCGCAGAUUCCAAGCCAGAAGUUUCACAAAUAGAGGAGUCUAAACCACCAGUAGGAAGAAACGGACGAAGGCAAAGCAGGAGGCUCAAUAAAGAUGUUACAGUGCCAGAAAACCAAGACCAAUCAUCCACUGAAACUGAUAAUUCAGCCACACAACCUUCUGACAAUUUGUCAUUCUCUAAUAAGGAAAUGAAGGUUCCAAGCAUAAAGUUGUUAAAAAUUAGAAACCCUAAAUAUGAUGCACAGGGCAGUGGGAAGACCUCAUCUCGAAAGAAGAAACGGAGAAAAUAUGUCUGGUCGUUAACAUUAGUGAGUAGUGGAAGUCACACAUCAGAUCCUGGAAAGGCUAUCACUUCAGCAGAGGUUGUGAAGGAAGUAGAUCAGCCUGCUCCUGCUGACACCAAUGUCAAGAAAAAUGUAAAGGUGCUGGAUAAAAAACCUAAACUGGAUAAUACCGCCCCACAAGAGAGUGAAAGUCUAGAGAGCAAUGAAAAGGAUCUGCAAAGCAAGCCUGACCUGGAAAAGUCCAAUUUACAACCAGAAGCUGAAGUAGAUCCUGCACCAGAAACCCAUGCACAAGAAAACAGUAAAACAGAUUGCGGAAAAGUUGUGCCCCCUCUUCAAAUUAAAAAGGUCUCCUCUCCUGGUAAACACAAGAGCUCAAAGCCUUCCUUUUUGAUCCAGCAGGUCAGUCCUGUUCCUGAAAAGAAAGAGGAUGCUGUGAAAGAUCCAAGUGAAGCUGAUGAGGAUAAGUUACCGAGUCUGCCUGCUGACGCUGCACCUACUAGAAGACUAAGGAGGAGGACUUCAAGUCUUGAUUCACCGCAACAAAAGUCUGUCAUUCAGAAACCGGUGACUGAACAGAAACGGAGGCUGAGAAAGAGUUCACAAGAAGAAGAUACUCCACAAGUGCAAGUUGAAGUUUCCGCUCAGGUUUCAGUUGAAGAUUCCAGCUCACAAGUUCUUCCUGAAAACUCCUGUCAUGUUUUGGCUGAGGACCAACCACAGGUGACUGCUGUAAACUCCUCUGAAAAUCUGGACAAGGAUGCCUCAAAGAUCGCUGACGAUCCCCCACAAGUACCCGGUGAUGUUUCCCCACAGAAGGAAGAGAAUGAGGUCGAACCCCAGAUUAAAGAGGCCAAACCCUUGCUUGUGCCUUCCAAACCUAGAAGAUGUAGAAAUAAUAAAGUAGGGAAGAAGAAGCUGGUUCAAAAAAAGAAAGCUGUUGUUUCUCCUGAUACGACUGUCGACACAGCCGUCGCAGUAACAGUUGCAGUCGACUCUUCUAGCACAGAGCCUGUUCUAAAAGAAGAUGCUCAGGCGUUUGUAGUAGAAGUAAGUCAGCCAGAAACAAAAGCGUGCACUCAGCCAGAAACCCAACAGGACACAGUGUCAGUGCAAGAAGAACAGAUACACCUGCCUAUAAAAGAGGAAACAGACAGUCAGUUGAUUGACAGUCAGCGGUCUGUGGUAUCAGAGAGUCGUCUACGUCGUCUAAGAAAAUCAAGGAAAUCUCUCAGAAAAUUAAAAAAGAGGCGUACUACAAAUUUAAUCGGGCAGCGUCAAAAGCACAGGCACAGAGGGAAAGACGGGAAGUUUGCUCCAAUUGAAAUAUCUACAAGUCAGGAGAUUGCAGACAUUGUUGAGUCAGAUGGUGACCUUUCCCGUUCAUUGGCAGCUAUAAGACCAUCCCCAAGCCCCAAAUUUAUUGGAGUUCAUAAAAAGUACAAGAAGAGACAGAGUGGUCUUCAGUUCGUUGGAUCUAAAAUUCCCAAAUCCCAGUCGAAAUUCAUUUCCACACUGAUAGAAAUGGGACUUGACAAAGAAAGUUUGAAGCAAGAAGAAGCAGACACGCCAGUUUAUGGAGGACAGACAGAUGCUGUAAAUGCUCAGCCCAGUAAGUCAAAGUUUGUAAAAAACAUCAAGCACUUCAUUAUGCCUGUUGUAAGUGCCAGAUCCUCGCGGGUCAUCAAGACUCCACAAAGAUUUAUGGAUGAUGCUGGGAUGUCUAUAUUGCCUCGAAGAAACUCUCCAAAGAAGGGCUCCCAACCGGGUUUGCAGAUUCGUCCAGGGAAGAGGCGAGAUGACGGGGUAGAACGAGCAAUAUCCCCAAUCCUUCCAAUUGAUGACGAGGACAUACUGAGUGAAGCGCAGCUUGAUGUGGAUCUGUUUUCUGCUCAGGACCUAGAUGACAGCAUCGAUAGCCUGUUUUCUGAAAGAAAAAGUGGCAAAAAUGGAAAAAAGAGUUCCUUUCUAAAGAACUCAAGCUUCAGGUGGUCAGAGGAGUCUGGUGAGGAAAUGUAUACACUGGAUAAAACUCCGGAGAGUAAAUGUGAGGACCUGUUUUUGCCUACCCCAGUGGAUAAACCCCCAGAACUCUCAUCCAACCUCAUGGACAUUCUGAAAAAGAAAAGUCCACCUAAGUUUAACAAGCAAGCAGCGCACCUCAAGAUUUACCAGAAGUUAAAGAAACCCCAUUUGGGACUUAACAAAAGCAAAAACACAACAGAAUUUGAAGCUGUCAGUAAAGCCGUUCAGUCCUCUGUGGAUUUAGCAGAAGGACUUGACGACGAGGCCAUGAGCAUCAGUCUAAGGCAGCGAGAUACGAGCACAGAAAAGGACAAGUCCAAGCUCAAGAUAGAAGACCUUAAUGCUCCUGGGGUUGUGAGAAAAGUUUCUGUGUGUGUUCGGACCAUGAACUCCAAGGCUCUUCAGAUACAACUUGGUGAAAAGGACGAUUCAGCGCAGAAAGACACUGCCCAGCUUCACUCAGGGGAGUUGCCAUCAGUACAAACCUCAGGCAGAGGGGAAGGCAUUCACCAUGGGUCGGUGGAGAAGGGAGCACCACAAAGAGCACGCCUCACUGGUGCAAAUAAAAGAAUGUUCAAUCUCCUCAGGAAAGCCAAGGUUCAACUCAUUAAAAUCGAUCAGCAGAAACAGCUCAAGUCCUCUGGGCUGUUAUCCGGCCCGGCUGGAGCCAGGUCGCACGAUAUCAGCUCUAAGAGACAAAGGAGGAAGGAGAGGAUGCACCUUCAUCCCGAUGUUUCAGUCAAGACAGAGCCGCUUCAAGGACAACCACAGCUAGUCUCCCCACUGUGCCAGGAGUUCCGUAGAGCCGGAGGUCCACGUAUCAAGCAUGUGUGCCGCGCCGCCUCGGUGGUGUUGGGGCAACCUCGAGCUUUGGUACCAGAUGACAUUCCCAGACUAAGCGCCUUGCCGCUGCAUGAAAGAUCUGGCAUCUCUCCAUCAGCUGUCACUAAAGAAAUUGGGUCCCCGUCAGAGUCAGACAGUCCUGAGAUGUCAGAACCAAAGGCAACCAAGUCUAAGAAGCCAACAAAUUUUGCUAAACGGAAAGGACUUGGUCCGUUUGGUUACCGCUCUCGGAGGUGUGGAGUGUGCAAGGGCUGCAACCACGAGGACGACUGCGGCAAGUGUAUCAACUGCCUUGACAAACCCAAGUUUGGAGGUCCUAAUACGAAGCGUCAGUGUUGUGUGUAUAAGAGAUGCGAUCAAAUUGAAGAAAGAAAGGCACGCAGACUUAGCGGGAGAACUGCACCCAAAGGUUCCUCUAAGCGACGGAGAUCAUCUUUUAGUGCUGGUUAUUCAAGUAAUGAUGAAGGGAUCGAGGGUGCUGUGGACUCCCCGUCAGGUCUCGUUGGUGAUAGCCAGAGCCCAUCAGUACGGAAGCAGCCAAAGCGAAUUGUGAAACCCCGUGUCUAUUUCGACCUGGUGGAUUACGACUCGGAUCUGGAUGAUAAAGCUUUCCCCAGCUCUGCCUCACCAGGAAGGAGAAAGGCUGGUGGCCCUCGAUACGGUCAAGACUUCGUAUCAUUGGAUGGAUUUUUGGAAGACACAUCAGAUGAUGAAGUCAGGCAUCGCAAAUCGAGUUCACACCGUGUACCGCAAGUUCGGCGUAAACCUGAGAAGGGUCUUCCACCUCAGGGUCCUUUGGAACAGACUCCUCCCAGUGUCCUGGCUGCCCUUGCCCACGGAUUUGAGCAGCGAGAAGUUGAAUCUUCCAAACCUACUCACAAAAUCAGGGUUGACUUCAAGGAGGACUGUACUUUGGAGAACGUUUGGAAUAUGGGUGGCCUAAGUAUACUCUCCUCUGCACCUCUCAUGCCACCCUACGUUUGCUUCCUCUGUGCCAGUAAAGGACAACAUGAGAUGUUAUAUUGCCAAGUAUGCUGUGAACCCUUUCACCAGUUUUGCCUUGAACCAGCGGAGCGGCCCUCUGAAGAGAACAAGGAAAAUUGGUGCUGCCGACGCUGCAAGUUUUGUCAUGUGUGCGGCAGUAGAAAUAAGCUAUCAAAGCCUUUACUGGAGUGCGAACGAUGCCAGAACUGUUACCAUGCUUCAUGUUUGGGGCCCAACUAUCCAAAACAGAACAAGAAGAGGAAAGCCUGGGUUUGUAUGACAUGCAUCAGGUGCAAAAGUUGUGGUGUCACGCCGGGGAAGAGUUGGGACAUUGAGUGGAACCAUGACAAAGGCCUCUGUCCAGACUGUUCAAAGCUAUAUGAACAGGGUAACUACUGUCCAAUCUGCUUCAAGUGUUAUGAAGACAAUGACUAUGACAGUCAGAUGAUGCAGUGUGGCACUUGCAACCACUGGGUACAUGCCAAGUGUGAAGAUCUCACAGAUGAGCUGUAUGAGAUUCUGUCCAGCUUGCCGGAAAGCGUGGUGUAUUCAUGUCGGCCGUGCAGUGUGACCCAGCCAAGCGCCUGGAGAGAGCUGCUUUACAUCGAGCUCAGAGCCGGGGUGGAGAAAGUACUAGCUUGCUUACUUUCCUCCACCCUCACCCAGCACCUUGUUACAUGCUCACUGUGUGAGAAGUUGUCGGACCCUGACAGUGGAGUUGAAGGCCGGCCAGCAUGCGACCUCAGAGCUGUUGGCAAGAAGUUCGACAAAGGGGUUUAUACUACACUGAAAAUGUUCCAUGAAGAUGUGGUUCAAGUGGUACGGAAGAGGCUUGAACAAGAGGAACAUCUUCCUGAGGAACGACGACCCACUGCCCUGGCACGCUCUUACUACUUAAAGCUCCUUGAGGAGGUGUUUAACUGGUUCAACAGCCAAGACCCAAAGGUGUGGAACCCUUGUACCAAAGACUUGCCCACGGGGAUGCUGACCAGUAGUGUUCAUCCUCCCACGAAAGAGCAUGUUUACGCUCAGUGGCAGGAAAGGGAAGAGCUGUCGUCCAGGCCCCCGUUGGGUGUCCUGCAGGAUGACAAUGGACAGAGUUUAGAUAUCAAGGAGGAAGAUGGAGUUUCUCUGAUAUCUGGGGAAGCAACAUGCCGGAAUCAUUUCAAGACCAGCAGGGCUGUCAGAUUCAAAGGAAAAAGAGGCAGACUUUCAAAAGCAGAUUUCGACACUGGAUGGUCACAAGAUGAUGAGAGACAAUGUUCUUUGUGUCAGAAAUACGGAGACCUCAAACCUGAUGAAGCUGGUAGGUUACUUUACCUGGGCCAGAAUGAGUGGGCGCAUGUCAACUGCUGUCUGUGGUCAGCUGAGGUGUUUGAAGAAGACAAUGGUUCUCUGCUGCAUGUGCACAGCGCUGUCACAAGAGGGCGCUUGAUGCGAUGUGAGCGCUGCAAUAAAACUGGUGCCACCGUGGGCUGCUGCCUGACAUCUUGUCAAAGCAACUACCACUUUAUGUGUGCACGCUCCAGACAGUGUGUGUUCCAGGAUGAUAAAAAAGUCUAUUGCUACAAACACAGACAUCUCAUCAGCGGCAGGAUGAUAACCGGUCAAGAAUUUGAAGUAAAUCACAGAGUUUAUGUGGAUUUUGAGGGAAUCAGCCUUCGGAGAAAGUUCUUGACCGGACUGGAACCGGAACUGAUCAGUGUGAUGAUUGGCUCGUUACAUAUUGACAAGCUUGGUGGGCUGACUGAACUAUCAGCCAGCAAAGGCAAAUUGUUUCCUGUUGGUUUUCAGUGUUUUCGAUGGUACUGGAGUACGGUUAAUCCACUACGUCGCUGCAAGUAUACAUGUACAGUCCGGGAAAUCCGGCCUGUAGUUCCAGAGAACCCUGUUGAAGACAUGCCUGAACAAGGAGACAAUCACACUAUUUCUCACAGCCCCCGUCGCCUUCCCGAAUCUCGAGCUCAAGAGACUGAUACCACGGAGACCCAACCCCAAACAGAUGAAAGCUUUGUCCCAGGUCCGCAUCUGAAGUCUGAUCACAAUGCAAAGCCAAAGAUUCCCAGUCAUCCCCUCCACAGGAGACCAGCUGGAGGAAUGUCCCGACCCCUGCCAUCACCAGGUACAGCCCAGGCAAAACCUCACCACAUUCUGACCAUAAGUGAUUUGGAAGAGACUCGAAGAGUUCGUCGCCACAGCCCGCACUCGCAGACAUCAAGUCUGCGCGGUCAGAUGUCCCCCCCUCCCCUGGGUUCUCUACCUGGACCAAUUACCUUCCGUGCUGGAAAAUCUUCCGUGCCUACCUCUCCGCUGUUCCCACUCAGUGCUUCUGACAACCCGAUGAACUGUCCGUCAUCCCGCCCAGUCGGAGGUAGAAGCAAUUCUUCACUCCGUUGCCCUGGAAAUACAAUAACACACUGUUCCUCGUCAUUCUUUCCUCAGUCUCCCUGGCAGGACAGUGCAGCCUCUGUAAGUCUGCCCUUCUCUUCACCCGUACAGCAUUUACACCGAAAUCGAUUGUCUUUUGAUCUGAACCAGUCGGACUCGGUCGAGGUACCACACAACUUCUUAGCUUCACCAGAGCCAGAAGAUGUCUCUCCAACAAACGGCACAUCCCCCCACGUGGACCUAGACAAACAAAGGGAUGAUGAAGAGUUUUCCUACGGUUCAUUCCACAAGGAUUCCAGUCUGGGGGAAGAGCUACGGACAGAACUGGAGAUUGAAGAAACACUCCUCAAUGAAGGGGUGGCAAUGAACUGUGGGGGGCAAAUAGUAGUGGAAGAGGAUGAGCAGGAGGGGUUUUGGGAGGGAGCCCAAGAGGUGCAUAAAACAAAGACCCUCGUUGCCAGUCUUCCACGGCCCAGAGUUUCAGGCAGGCAAGACUUGGGAAACACAUCUUCAGAUGAUGAUAUGGAGCAUUAUUUUGAUUUUUCGCGAACAAUAGUCAGUUGCCCAGUAUCAAAAGAUCGCUCCAAGUCUCCUUCCUCUCCUUCCUCCCGGCCCAUGGCUCAGCUCGAUGGAAUAGAUGACGGUACGGAGAGUGACGCAAGUGUAGCAACCACUGAUGAUGCCCAGAAAGUGUAUGGGCCUGGUAAAAAUCAGCUGCAAAGUAAAAACUUAGUUAAUAAAACAGUUCCUGAUACUGAAACUACAAGCAUUACACAUGCCUCCAGCUCACAGUCUUCGUCCGUUACCAUCUCAGCCGCAACAAAAGGUACCAGUGAUAGUUCAGCUCAACAUCUAUCUAAAUCCUUUGAUGUCAGUCAAAGCUUGGAAACUCCCCCAGCAGAUCAGGACACCAUGCUUCCUACUCCAGUUAAUAACGCUCUUCCUAACUUGCUCACGAAGGUGCCUGAGACAUCAUGUUCAGAGAGGUUAUUGAUCGCUUCCAAUUUAGGCCUGACUUCUGAAAGUUCUCUUGUUCUUGAGAAAUGUGAUAGUCUACGUUUCACUGACCUGCUUCCGGUAUUGCAAGACGGACCACUCGAAACCCAGCCAGAAACUUGUAAAUCCCUCAACUCAGAGCCUGAUAGUAGCAACCUUGCAUCAUUAACUGAGGGAUCUACCGUGUUGAUGAACCACAUAACAUCUGAUCUGAUGGAGCCCUCAUUAGCAGAUUCUGCAGAUAAUACUCACAGUUCCCAGCUCGGUCUGCUUCGGCCCUCCCCUUUAAUGUCUGCAGGCGUACAGAACUCCUCACAAUGCCUUGUAGACUCUCUGCAGAUGUUUUCUUGUUUACCAGGUUACAGUCAGCCUCCUCUAGCAAACAUUACUCUUCAGCCAGUGACAGCGGGACAGGAGUCAACAACGUUCUCAUGCAUGGAACCUAUGUCCACUAAACUAACAACCCUCACUCCCGUUGAAGAUGUGACCCAGACACAGGUACACGUCGCUCUCCAAAAUGAUCCAGCUGCACUAGACACCUGUCCCCCGGCUGGCUCUUGUGGUACUGUUUCUGUGCCUCUGUACUCCACACAAUUGCAAUCUGUUGGCUCUGCAGCCGUCACCAUUGUAUCUUCUUCAACAUCAGUGUCAUCCCUUUCUGCACUGUCCACACAAUGCUCAGCCACCGCAACCCCACUGCAAACCUCUGCCCCAGUGGUUUUAAAUGGUUACAGUUCUUCAUCUGUGCAGAAGGACGGUACAUCCGGCCACUCAAUCUCCAUCAAUUUCUCUACACCCCGGCCAGCGUUUGAGCCUCAACAGCCCGUGUUACCCCAGACAUUACCUGGUCAUGCCAUCCUUACUGUGAAAGAGGUGGGAGGUCCAAAUGUAGAUCCUACACCUCAUGUACUACUGGUGAACCGCCUUGGGCAGAUCUUUGUAAAAAAUCCAGAGAGCAACACUUUCCAGUUGCCUACUCCCAGCUCCCCCUCCUUUAAUUGUGUCAAUCAGAUUGCCAAUCUUUUACAGAGCAACGCACUUUCCGCCACACUGGCAGCAGCUGGUAACAUGCCCGCUCCAUCACCGAGGGGCAACGUGACAAACGCAGUACCUGCAUCGGUCACACCCGCAGUUCAGAAUCCAGCUACUGUCACACAGCUGCUCACCAGCAAUAGCAACGGUGCAGUGGCAACGGUUAGUGUAAAAAAGUCAAAAAAGAACACAAAGACACCAAAAGAUGAAACCGUUCCAGAGCUGAAAAAACCAAAGAAAAAAAAGGAAACUAACGCAUCCAGAAAAUCCAAGUCAUCCAAGGCUGCAGGGCAGCCUGGCCCGCCUGUUGAGAAUCCUCCAGUGACUCCUGCUGAAAGUGCCCAAGCAAUUAUCAAUCAAGCAAUGGCGAGUAACUACACUCCCAAGUGGGGUGGGCUUCGAACAAUGAGCCCCUCGUUAGUUUUGCCACCUGGCCUUUUAAUCGAACCAGAGCCUCCAGUGCCACCCCGCCCUCCUUCACCUACACCAGCUCUUGCACCUCGCCCUCGCACCCACGUCCGCAUGAAGAGAGUGUCCUCACUUUCAGACCGCAUUGUUACAAAGAAGUCUAAAGUUGACUUCCUCCAACCAGAGCCAAUCAGCGAAGAAGAGAAGCCUCGUAAACCAACGUUUCCAAGCGUCUCCAGCAGGGCCUCAGGAGUUCGCAUCAAAACCCCCACAGUCAAAGAAGUCCUGAACCUGGACCAGUUAAAGGAGGAGCACAAUAGCUAUUCUGAUAGCUCGGGAUCAGAGCCUUGGAAUUAUUUGUCUCAGGGUGAACAAGAGAAACAGCAUACGUGGGAAUCGGUGGGACACCUCAACCUCACCGACUGGAAGAAAUACUCCGGUACUGCUUCUGCUUCUGACGAGGAACCAGCACCAUCUGAUGAGGGGGAGGGAUUUCCAAAUAACAGGGACCAGCCACAUUUGCUGUUUGAGAUAACCAGUGAUGACGGUUUCAGUGUGGAGGCAGACAGUAUAGAGGUGGCUUGGAAAGCAGUGGUAGAUGGUGUGCAGGAAGCAAGGGCCUUAGCAAGGCUGAGGCCUCUGACUUUUCAGUGGAUUACUGGUUCCCGUAUGAUGGGCCUGGUCCAUGACGCAGUGGUGUUUUUGCUGGAACAACUUGAAGGAGCGCACCGUUGCCAGCGACAUCCUUUCCGUUUCUUCAAGCAGUUCAGUCAGGAGGAUGAUCUACCAGUAAACCCCAGUGGCUGCGCCCGCUCUGAGCUUUAUCAAAGGAAAUCCACAUUUGACAUGUUCAACUUCCUGGCUUCUCAGCACAGACAGCUUCCUGACAUCGGACCAUAUGAUGAUGAGGAAGACGAGGUUCUUUUGAAGUCUACAAGACGGGCUACUAGUUUGGAGUUACCCAUGGCCAUGCGCUUCAGACAUUUGGAAAGGACAUCCAAGGAGGCCGUGGGAGUGUACAGGUCUGCUAUCCACGGACGAGGUCUAUUCUGCAAGAGGAACAUUGAAGCAGGGGAGAUGGUCAUCGAGUACGCUGGCAUCGUCAUUCGCUCAGUUCUCACCGACAAAAGAGAGAAGUACUACGACGGCAAGGGUAUUGGCUGCUAUAUGUUCCGCAUUGACGAUUUUGAUGUGGUGGAUGCAACAAUGCACGGCAAUGCAGCGAGGUUCAUCAACCACUCCUGUGAACCCAACUGCUACUCACGAGUGAUCAACGUGGAAGGCCGGAAGCAUAUUGUUAUCUUUGCUCUGAGAAAAAUCUACCGUGGGGAGGAGCUGACCUACGACUACAAGUUUCCCAUUGAAGACGCCAGCAACAAACUCAACUGCAACUGCGGGGCCCGGCGAUGCCGUCGCUUCCUCAACUGACAGAUCCCUUGGAUGACGAGGAGGGGGGAUCCCUGUUUACUAGUAAGCCUUAAAUUAAGGUGGCAUUAACUUGGGCUUGGGGGUGACUGUGGGCAGUCUGCACAGCAGGAGGGAGUAGCCACUAUGAGACCAGUCAGAGGUGACAUGGGGACAUUUUAUGGAAAACCAGUGUAUAAAAAUCAUUUGACUUUUGUAAAGUUUCUUUCCUCAUGUGUUUUCACAAAUUACACCUGCUUGUGAGAAUUUCUCAUGGGCACAGCCGGCCCAGCAUACAAUGUUUUCAAGAUGUGGUUUCAGUUUAUACCACAAACUGACAUAUAAAGGUGAUAAUAUUUUAAACAAGAGUUCCUGGAAGGAGAAAAAUGUUCUGAAAAACACACCAAGCCUUAUCUGUUUAAAUGAUUGCUGAAAACCUAUAUCUAAAAUGUGUUUCCAUGAUGUGUUUUAUCCAUUUGGGAGCGGAGAUAUGUCUUUCUAUCGUACUCUUUUCAUCAUGAUUGCUCCUUCCAACCGUGAUUGAAACAUAGCCCCCCCCCCCCCAUCAUGCAGUGGUGAAGUCAUUUCUUGAGCCAUACACUCACCCAAACCUAUAUUUGUGCAUUUUAUCUUGCAUUCAACACUUUACACAUAAAUGCUUUUCCUUUUUAGAUGUUUUUUUUUCUGAAUAACUAAACAACCAUGGUGCUAAGCUUUGAAAGCUCUGUCUUUAGUUGGACUAAAAUAUCUUGUGGAUCAGGAAUUGUUUAGCUGUUUAUUAACCAUACUGCAAUCAUCCUUCUUAAAUUUAUGCACUCGAGCAGUACUCUCGUGAUUAUUGAGUUAUUGGGUGUGCUAAGUUUCACAUUUAGCAUCAUACGUCUACAAGGUUUCACUCGUUUCUUUUUAGUUCUAAAUUGCUUGUUUAACUGUACAGUUUUCAGUCAGCAACAGUGUCAUAGUUGUAAAGACAAAAAACGUGUCUUAAACUAGUUUUUUUUUCUCGCUCAAUGUACAGUGUAUGUAGCAAACACUACCCAAGCCAAAAGUAAAGAUUUGUGGUGGAAAUAAUCUUUUAAAUAUAUAUAAUUCUAUAUAUAUAUUUUUUAUUAUUCUCAUGGCAGAUGCUCAUUACCUAUUGCAAUAAGACGUGCUGCCCCACAGAUGCACAUGAAUGAACACCCAAAAUACAAAUUAUCUUCAUGUUUGUGAAACCUGCUAAAGUUUCUCAUAAUCAGGGAGAGCACUGGUAAAAAGCAUUGCUACUGAGUGUACGUUCAGCUCCUGCACCAGGCUGAUUGAGAACAUGGUGCACACAUGCUCUGAAUGUUGUUGAUGGAGAGCAUUCAGCACCUUUAAAAAAAUGUUUGAUGUUGUAAGUUGAUGUUCAGUGCUGUCAGUAAUGAGAGGGUAAUUGAAUUCACACACUGUUCCAAUUAGUAGUUAUAUUUAUUCAUGUUUUGGUUUAUAUUUUUAUUGGUAAAAGGUUGUGGUGUGUAUAUUUGGUGGCGGUCUUGUGUAAUAACAGAUUUCCCCCUUUUGCAUCCUUCGUUUUGUUUACAGAUGUUUUUUGUGUCACUAAUUUACUUGAAUUUCCGUUUCAGGCAGUUGUGUCAAACAUAUAAGCCUUUAUGACAUAACGUGUUCUGAAGCAUGUCUUUUUUUUUUUUAAAAAACAUCUUCAUUUUAUUUUUAUUUUUUUAAUUACUGUAGAUUUUUGAAGGUCUUAGAAUCAGCCACAGGAGUAAAGUGAGCACUCUUCACCUACUCAAGCCUACGGCCAUUUUAUUCAUCCCUUUUUGUUUUAAUAGAGCGAAUUCCCAUGUUUUUCUUUACUGUAAUCCCCCUUUUACCCUCUUGCAUGUCCAAUCACUGGGAUGGAGCCCAGAUUAAUUUAUGUCAAUCAUCUGGCUAACGAAUAAGAGCAGAGUCACUCCCAUCUCCUUGUAAGGAUUCUACCUCAGCUGCUUAGACAGAUGUUUCAGAAUACUGAUGCAAAAAGAGAGGAUGAUGAUGAUGAUGAUUUAAAAACUAGCUUGGUUUUAAAUAUCCUGGUCUGUGUGUGUGUGUGUGUUUGUUGUUUUCCUCUUGUGUAUGUGUGCGUGUGUGCAAUGAAGGAUGCAGAAGCACUAGUCAAAAGUGGAAGUUAUCAUGACCAUCGUUCCCAGGAUCUGUUAAGAAACCUGUAUGUUAUAUAUACACAUAUAUAUAGAUAUAUAUAAUAGGGUUAUUUUAAAGUAAGUGUAAAAGAAAUACAAAUGAGAAAAUAUGUGCUCUUUAAAUUUACGUCUUUGUUACCAUGUACAAAUAAACCUUGAGUUUGUAAAUAUUUGUAUACAUAUUUCUAAACCCGUUUAAUUUUCUAUGCACUUUUUUUAUUUAUAAUGUUAUUUGCUUAAUAAAGAU